GCCAAAAUGGGUUAGUCAGUGCUUACAUAAUAAAAACCUCCGCGAAUUUUCAAACCAGACUGAAAAAUUUGUUUCACUUAAGGCUACUUGACUAUAAUAAUAUAUAGUAGUUAGUUCUUGUCUUAACCAAAACAUCCUUAGUGAUAUGAAGCCACAAAUCAAGGCCCUUACGGUCUUAGAAAGAACAUCGCAUUAUUUAAAGGCAGGAGUGUUGAAGGAGAAACCAGCAUGGUAUGAUGUGGUAGGUGCGCAUCCACCAUCGAUAGAUUUAAGUAAGAAGCCAAAGAAGAUUGAAUUAAAUCAACAAGAAAUAGAUCCAGGUUUAACUAUAUUGGGUGAUAAACAAGAGAAUCAAAGACUCUACAAGACUAGAGUGAGUGAUUCUGAAAGAAAACAACGUAAUAAUAGUAUAGCCCGAAUCCCCAAGUUAAAGUUUCUCGAAGAUGAAUUGAGAGAUGUAUUUUAUCAUCAACAUCCUUGGGAAUUUGCAAGACCUAAGAUUUUGGUUGAAAAUGAAGGAGAUGAUAUCAGUAAACUUGAUUGGUCUCAUAUGUUACAGUUUACUAAACCUUUGGAUGGGGAAUCCGUAGUACAAAGAACAUUAUGGUUAUUAAAUCAAGAAAUUAAAGAACAUGAAGAAUCAGAAACAGAAACAGUUGAUAAAAAGUCAUUAUUAUUUGAAGCUUAUGAUAAAGCCAGAUUUGAAUUCUAUCGUUUAAGAAUGGAAGAAGAAAUGAGUAGUUUGGUAUCAAGAGAAGAAUCGUCCAUGUAUGGAGCCGUUUAUCCAUCUACCAUGAUGGAUUGGGGAGUUAAACAUGAACAAGAAUAUGUUGAUGUAUGGGCUAAAGUUGCUGCAAAUAGGACCCAAAUUCUUGAAGCUUCAAGAAGUAGAAAUGUUGCCACUAGUAGUUACGGUACCGAUGCUACUCUGGGUGAGCUGGGAGAAUCUGUCUGGGAAACGAAUGAAGAUUCUGUUCCUCCUAAACAGUGAGCUCAUUCAUAACUUGUAAAUAGAUAGUUACGUUUACGUUUACACACAUAACAUAGAUAAUUUACCAUUAGACA